GCAUAACACGAGGCCGUGAUUUCUAUGGACAAAGAGCACCAGUAUGUGACAAGACUGCAGAGGCCAACGCUAAACAAACUGGCUACUCGCUGUUUCCAGAGUCAUCCUCCAACAACUUGCCACAGACACUCCAGGGAUAUAAAUAAAACAUAGUUAGCAUUAUCCUUUCCUGGUCCCAGGGCAACGGAGGAGUAACGCCCCAGCUCAUGACAUACCAAGUCAUUCUCAUCCCUUAUAUCACACUCACUGCUAGUCAAGUGCUAGAAUGAAUCAGCCGGGUAUAAAUGUGUGUGAGUAGAGCAUUACAGAUGCCAAAGCAAACUUUUCCUCGGACCUCCUGCUCACUUUCGGUUGAGAAUGAAAACACAGCUGCCCAUUGUUUAGUGCCAGGUCAUCAAUCUAGACUUGUUUGUUAGGGUGGAGCUACAGGCUUUUGCAGUUUCAACUUUCCCUUCAUUCUGAGCUUAUUUUUUGGAUAUGGGGGAACAAAAUAAAAAAUUAUCCCGUCCCAUUUUCCGACGAGAUGUGAGCUGGGAGCCUUUCCCAAACUGGACGCAGCCAAACCGAAUCUUUGCACAGGAUUUUGGCCUCCCUCCUUUCCUGGACCCCAGUGAUCUGGACUGGAUAGACUGGUCGAAGAGGAGACUGGCAUCUUUCUCCUGGCCUGGGUACACACAAAUUCCUCUUCUGCCUCCAUUCAGGGCUCAGCCUCCCGCGGCAUUGAACCAAAAAGGUCUGAGACAACUGACAAGUGGAGUGUCAGAAAUCCAAACGGGGCAGGACAGCUGGAAGAUUAACCUGGACGUCAAUCACUUCUCGCCUGAGGAAAUUACAAUCACAACCAAGGAGGGUUAUUUGCAAAUAUCAGGAAAUCACGAAGAAAGGCAGGAUGAUCAUGGAUCAGUUUCAAGGUGCUUCACGCGGAAAUACAAGCUCCCACAGGGGGUGGACUCGCAGCACAUCAGCUCUUCUUUGUCCGGUGAUGGAGUUCUGUCCGUAGAGGCUCCCGCCCCCGGGACAUCCGUCAGCGACCCAGCCAAUGAGAUUGUCAUACCUGUUCAGAUAAGAAAGGCACAGGAUGGAGAAAAGGGAAACCAGUAAGCAAGAAUUUGAAAGUACAGUCAGAUGUAACACAAGUUGUUAGUUGUGUGGCAACCUUUGUUGCACAGGCAUGAAAAAGACAAAACUGUUAUCUACUCUAACAACAAGCUUGUUUCCUGCUUUAAGACAUUGAUACUGAAAUGCAUCGUCACCAGUAAAAUGUCACAAUCAAAAUCAAAUGCAGACUCAUCAAUAUAACGCAGAACCGACUCUGAAAAUAAGGAAUUAUUUUUGCUCGUCAAAGCUUAUAAAAGGAUUUGUAUGAGCUUUCAUUCCUAACAACAUGCCAUCAUUUGUUCAUGCACUUCUAAUAUUUUAAUAAUAUAAAUAAAUACAUUUUAGCAGUUGUAGUUGUGACCUAGUAGACAGACAAUACUGGCCAAGAAUGGAUGGUGAAAAUGAACUAUUUAUAUCUAAACAGUUUAUUUACUUUUGUAUGCUUCUGUGACAAAUAGCAAUAUAAUCAAUAAUUAAUUUGGUUGAAUUUUAUUUUGCUUUUGAGAAAAGAGAAACACUAAAAAAGCUUUAGCACAGAUUGAUUGUGUGUGUUUGUCCUAAAAGUUGUAUGUUGUAUAACCAGCCUGAUGAAGCUGUUCUGAUAUAUAAUCUUCCACAAAUGUAUUAAAAAGCUUUUGCCAUAUAAAUAAAAA